AUGGACAUGUCGCGCUCUUCCACCCCAGAGGCCCCUCCCCAGGACCUCUGGUCCUCCAUUCUUGACUCUGUGUCCUCGUCGCGCUCAAUUCCCGCAAAACAGAUACUUCUCCUUGGCCAGCCGUCGUCUGGCAAGUCCACCAUCGCCUCGGCCCUCCUCCAAAAGCCUGUGUCCGACGAGCAGAAGGUCGACCAGCGGUCAGACUUUGCCAUCGGCUACGACUUUGCUGAUAUUAUAGACACGUUGGCGCGACUGUCUGUGUACACUGUGCCCUCUUCUGCCUCGUCAUAUACUGCGUUGCUUCCACACUUUUUGCCUCCACGUACGGCCCUGCUGCAAACGCUUGUAAUUAUCACAUUAGACUGGACACGUCCGUGGACCUUUGUGGAGGAGCUGGAAACUUGGCUGUCCUGGGUCGAAGCCUGGUCUAAAGGAGACGGUUCUCGAGAACUCGAAAUUAUACGCGAAGAAAGUCGAGAACGGCUACAGUCGCAUUUACAACAUUACACUGAAUCUUCUUCCGACUCGAUACCCUCAAACUCUACGCUUUCAAAUACUAUUCUACCCCUUGGUCCCGGUACAUUAACACAUAACUCUGCCGGUGUACCCAUCAUCGUUGCAUGCACAAAAGCAGACCUAAUUGACGAUGGAAACGACAUGGUUGCCGGAACUUCUGGGAUGGGAAGCAUGGUGAAGGGAAAAGGAGGAGAAUGGGAAGAACAGACCGACGGCGUCAUGCAAGUUCUUCGGACUAUCUGUUUGAAGUAUGGGGCAGCGCUAUUUUAUACCACCCCACAACCCGCCAACCUGCAGGUUCUACGGCAGUAUGCCCUGCACUUGUUGUUUAUGCCACCAGCUCCGUCGCCUGCGAUGGCAGCAUCGACAGAGGUACAGGCGCCUGUACGGAACAUAUUUCCUUUUAACCAGAAACCUAAUACGCUGGACCGCGACCGCAUUGUCGUCCCCGCUGGAUGGGAUAGUUGGGGUAAGAUAUCGGUGCUGAGGGACGGAUUCGAUGCCAAAAUGUGGGGAGAGGCUUGGGAGCGUGAUUUAGAUACUGAAGACGAACAGGGUGAGGAAACUGGGGCCAAGAAAGCCUAUGCGAACCUUGUCCCCGACCAGGGAUCCAAACCUCCUCCUUUGCCGCCUUUCAACAAUCCGACACCCGAGCAAGCUUUCCUUGCAAAGAACUACGACGAAAACUCCAAGAAGGGAGACAGAGACCCUCGCGGUGCCUUCAGAAAUCCUCAGGACUUUGCUGGCGCUGCUGCAGGCAUCGUUGGUCCCUUGGGAAGCAGCAGCUUCAGUCUCCCGAACGUUGAGCGAGCGCUCAGUGAGAUGGAGACGGGUGUGGGCGGUAUUGGCAUUACGACAAAUCUAGGUUCUGAUGCUGCGAGACGACUUGCUGCCGCCAGUCGAACAGGACCAACGGCAGGCGGUCGUGCUACUGGCCUUUCGGCACUGGGCACGUCCACGGCAGGCAGUCUUUCCGCAUCUCGGUCGCCAGUGUCGCCAUCGGGUAGUGCAACAUCGCCGUCUGGAAGUGGAGGGGCAUCGCAGCACGAAGUGCUCCAGAACUUUUUCCAGAGUUUGCUCAGCACGAAGGACCGAGGCACGGGAGGGUCGACACGGAGCAGCCCUGCGAAACCCAACGGCAACAGCAAUGUACCGGAGGAAAGCUGA